AUGAAUGAAACAAAUAUUUCCAAUCUACAUACAACAAAUCUAGAAGAUUCUUUCUCAAAUCUCUCCUAUCAUCAUAAGAAAAUUUCGAAUAAAUUAAUAAAUACUGUUCCACCACGUUUAAUGUCUGAAACAGUUCGAAAUAUUUUUCAUACAUUUACUUUCUUUGAUUUAAAUGCAAAUCAACUCAUUGAAAUUAAUGAAUUAAAACGUAUACUUAAUGCAUUAAAUUUCAAGAAAACAACCGAUGAAUGUUCGAAUAUAAUCAAUCUAUAUGAUUUAAAUAACGAUCAAAUGAUUGAUUUUCAUGAAUUUAUAUUUGCACUUGCUCGUUUAAUAAAACAUGAUGUUUUCACAUUAAAUGAUAUACAACAAAGAUUUAAUAAAUUUGAUGAUGAUCAAGAUGGUAAACUUACAGUUGCAACACUACCGUUAUUCUUACGUAAAGGUUUAGGUAUAUCUGUUAAUGAUCGUGAAAUCUUUGAUUUACUUGCGAAAUUUGAUAUAACUGAUGAAAAUACAAAAAUCUCUUUCGAAAAAUUUAUUCGUAUGCUUCAAUUUGUUGUUCGACAAGCUGAGAAAAUACAAGCACCGGACUAUAUGAAAAAAUUAAAUCAUCGUUGUGGACCAGCAGUACGAACUAUUCGUAGUAAAGAUAUGAAAUUAUUUAAAAAAAGAAUAGGAGGAUAUUUUUCAUCAUCUAUGGAAGAUACAAACAAAUAA